CUGGCCGACGGCUAACCUGCGCUUUCCUGGGCCCGUCCCUCCGCCGGAGCCUCUGCAGCCGCUCCGCGCCCCAGUCCUGCUGGCGCCGGAGCCAUGAGCCUGCGGGAGCUGCUGCGCCGGCCCCGGUGCCCCGGAGUCCCGAGCGCCCUGUGGCGGACGCGCCUGCGGCCGCCCCCCGCGCCCCGACGCAGCCUCUUCUCGGGAUCCCCGACGCACUGGAACCAGGUGGUGUCGGAAGCGGAGAAGAUCGUGGGCUACCCGACCUCGUUCAUGAGCCUCCGCUGCCUCCUGAGUGACGAGCUCAGCAACAUCGCCAUGCAGGUGCGCAAGCUGGUCGGGACGCGGCAUCCGCUGCUCAACACGGCCAGGAGGCUUGUACAUGACAGUCGGCAUAACCUCCAGAUGCGUGGGCUGGUGGUAUUACUUAUUUCCAAAGCGGCUGGACCCAGUAGCACUGCAGCAUUGUCUCUCAAACAUGAUAUGGUCAGUGGAAUUUAUCCCAGUCAAAGAAGUCUGGCAGAGAUCACAGAACUUAUCCACACCGCUUUCCUUGUGCAUCGUGGGAUAGUAAAUUUAAGUGAAUUGAAUUCUUCUGAUGGUCCACUGAAAGACAUGCAGUUCGGAAAUAAAAUAGCCAUCCUGAGUGGAGACUUCCUUCUAGCAAAUGCCUGCACUGGACUAGCCCAGUUGCAGAACACUAAGGUCGUGGAACUUGUAUCAAGUGCUCUUAUUGACUUAGUGCAAGGAAUAUACUGUGAAAACUCUACUUCAGCAGAGGAAAACUGUAUCACAGAUGAUAUCGGAAUAUCGACUUGGAAGGAGCAGAUUUUCCUCUCCCAUAGUGCCUUGCUAGCAAAAAGCUGCCAAGCUGCAAUGGAAUUAGCAAAGCAUGAUACUGAGGUCCAGGAUAUGGCAUUUCAGUAUGGAAAGCACAUGUCUAUGAGUCAUAAGAUAAACUCUGACCUCCAGCCUUUUAUUAGAGGGAAGUGUGGUGGCUCCAUAGCAUUUAAUUUAAAUUCAGCUCCUGUAGUCUUACAUCAGGAGUUUCUUGGAAGAGAAAUGUGGAUUAAGCAGAUCAGAGAGGCUCAUGAAAAAGGAAGCUUAAACUAUUCAAAGUUGCAAGAAGCAAUCCUGGCUGGCAAAGGUGUGACUUCAGCUAUUGACCUAUGUCGUUACCAUGGAAACAAGGCCCUGGAAGCCCUGGAGUGCUUUCCUCCCUCUGAGGCCAGAUCUGCUUUAGAAAACAUUGUGUAUGCUGUCACCAGGUUUCCUUGACACAGAAUUUAAAAAGAGACUAUUGUUCGUUGGCUGAAAAUAACAGGGAAGAUGGGGGAGAGGUCUCCACUGUGAACCAUCUAAAUGUGUCAGUGGUUUAAUUUUUUUUUUCAUUUACCACAUAACUGAAUGAGAUUCACCUUCUUUUUGGAGCUGCUACAAACAAAAUUAGGAGAAGAAGAAGGGGAAAAAAAAAGGUCAAACAGUUUUCACUUGGCAUGCCAGAAGCACACUUGAGGCAGCUCUAGCAGAAAUAAUUAAUGAGCUUCGCUCCUGUGACCUCAGCAAAUGGACAGGAAAUAAGUCUGUAUUGAUUGGACCGAGCUAGGGAUGGCGCCAGGGUGAUGGCCUGUGGUUUCCCUGUGCUAAAAAGGACGGAGGGGGGCAGGCAGGCAGCUGCAGGUGUCGUGAGCAACCCUUUCUGAGCAGGCCAGAAUAGAAGAGUGUGUGAAGUCAAGAAUUAAUGUACCAAUUUGUCAUUGUGAAGGGAAGUCCAAUGAAUUAAGAAGGAAAACCCUUUCUCUUUCUCUCUGCAAUUAUGUCUCCUCUCAGUUUUAUGUAUUCAAAUAUGAAAAUACUUUGCGCCUCAUGUUUUUAAUGUUUGUUAAAUGUACUGAGAAAAUGUGUCGUGUCGUAGGUAGGAAAUUUUUAAGUGCUAUCUGAUAUUCACUUGGUUCUUAGAGAAUAAGGAAUUGCCUCUUUUCUCUCUCUAACCUGAAGAUUAAAUUUUCAACCACCAUUUCAGAGAACCAAACUUUUUCUCCUUGAUCAAAGUCAUCUUCUCUAACAAUGAUACAUUCUUUUUCCUUGAUUAGUAACAGAAUUGUCUUUCAAAUGAAAUGUAUAAAUUUGUAAUACUUGGGAUUGAGGAAUACUCUUUUAUUUGUACAGAUUUUCCGUGGUUUAAUCGUAGUACCAGGGAAUUUGUUGGUGGGGAUUUUGUUUAACCUCACAAUGUUGAAUUUGAAAGUCUUGAACCACAGACAUCCAAUUACAGAAAGAAUAUAAGGUAUAUCACAACGCAGCAACUUGACACUGUCUCUGUUUUGUUCAUAGGAGAUGAUUUUUGUGGUUUGCAUGCAUGCAAUAUGAGAACAGUGUUGACAAGAAGGCUGAGUUUACAUAAAUGAUCUAGAUUGAGACUCAGCUACCUUUCUUCCUUAUGUAGUGUAAUUACAGCCCAAUCUGGAGACAGCUAACACAGCAAACAGAUUUCAUUACAUCCUUCACUCAGACUCUGAGUGGAGUUAUUUCUGUUAAAUUCUUCACCUCCCAAAAAAAAUCAUAGAGCUCCUUUAUCAGGGACCAACUGGGUAGUAUACAUCUGAAUAAAAGGUACAAAACUAUGUGUGUUAAAUAAUUGUGUUGUUAAAAAAUAUUUAAAAUGUACUUGAAACAUCACUGUAAUUGUUUGGCUUUAUGCAAGUAUGGUUUGAAUUGUUAUAGGGAUGUCGAUUAGUAGACCAUUUUAUUUUUCUGUUUAAAUUACUUUUCUCACUGUUGUUGGCUUAAUUAGUAACUGUAGUUAAGAUGUAUUCCAUCAGGCUUUUUCUUUAAUCAUUAACUUCUGGAAAAGCUAUCCUAAUGCUUUAUCUUCCUCAGAUGGGGGCCUAAAUGUCCUUUAACUCCUAUUAAGAAAAUGAAUAGUGAUGUUUACAUUUUGUAAAGUAAAAAUUUCCUGUCUCCUAGUGCCUAAACAAAAAAAUAAAAUAAGAAAUUUGAAAAGGAGAUCUCUAGUCACCCAGUAGACACUAACCACUAUGGAUACCAUGUUGAAUUUGUAGUCAGAAGAUCUAGAUUCAAAUUCUGCCAUUUAUUAUUAUCUGUGUAACUACUGGACAAGUCAUUUAAUCCCUUUGGGCCUCAGUUUCCUCAUCUGUAAAAAUGAAGCAAAUGAAAGGUUGCUUCUUGCUUUAAAUCCCUGA